GUGUAGGUGGCAGCGAGAAGCUGGGGCCUACUCCCCAGAGCCUUUGGAGCAGAUUGCAGAGCUUUGGAGCCCUAUGUCGCUGGCCCCCCAGAACCCAAGACAUGGCAGAUGGGGCGCAGGCCAACCCCAAAGGGUUCAGGAAGAAGGUGCUGGUUAGACACCCCUCUGGAUGGAGGGGUUCAAAUCUCAGGGCCUCUUUUUCUUCGAGGACCUCCAGGUCUAGCCUGGCUAUGAAGCUCUUCGCCAUCGCCAUCCUGGCCGGCAGCCUCCUGCCCGUGGCGCACGGCAGCCUGUUCAACCUGAAGUCCAUGGUGGAAGCCAUCACUGGGAAAAGUGCCAUCCUGUCCUUCGUGGGCUACGGCUGCUACUGUGGGCUGGGGGGCGGCGGCCAGCCCAUGGAUGAAGUGGACUGGUGCUGCCACGCCCACGACUGCUGCUACCAGAAGCUCUUCGACCAGGGCUGCCACACCUACGUGGACCACUACCAGUACACCAUCGAGAACAACUCCACCAUCAUCUGCAGAGAUCUCAACCUGACGGAUUGCGACAGGCAGACCUGUGAGUGUGACAAGAGUGUGACUCUGUGCUUCCAGAAGCAUAAUUACAACGAGAAGCAUCGCAACUACCUCAAUAUCUACUGCCAGGGCGCCACCCCCAACUGCAGCAUCUAUGAGCAGCCCCGGGGGAGCCCUACCUCCUUAACACCCCGUGCACCCUGCAACUCCACCUCCCAGGCAUCCCCUGCACCCUGUGGCCCCACUUCCUCGGCACCCCCUGCACCCUGCGGCUCAACUUCCUCAGCACCUCCUGCACCCUGCAGCCCCACCUCCUUGGCACCCCCUGCACCCUGUGGCUCGACUUCCUCAGCACCUCCUGCACCCUGCGGCCCGACCUCCCCAGCACCCCUCUCAUUGCCCUAGCAUCCGCUGGGCUCUGACAGAGAAGAGGGGUGGCAGUUCCUGCUCUGGGGACCAGACACGUGGAGCAGGUAGAGGUGGGGAUGGAUCAAGAGCCUGUGGGCUACCCUGCCACCUCCUCCCUGGAGCUCUCCGGCAAGGCUGGCCCCCAGAGGACUCAGGAAGGCCUGGGCCCUGACUGUGGCCACCCGGCUCCUCCAGGUCAGCCCUGGGCAUGGCUGUGCCCUGCUGUUGGUCCUGAACUUGGCAGGGAACGUGUGGCUAGUUGGGGUCCCUUCCGAAUAUGGAAGACAAGGUCUGAGAGAGAGGCCUCAGACCCCUGGGCCCCGGACAAACACGGGAGAAGACAGGGCCUGGCCCUCAGCCUCUUCCCCUGCGCCUCCCCCCACGCAGCAGCUGGGCCAGUGGGUGGAAAGGCCUUAGGCCCCGGGCGAAGAAGGGCUGAAGGCUGGGACCCAGCUGGGUGAACAGGGACAUUAAAGCCCAGGUGGGAAGCUGUACGGAAGAUUCAGGGAGGCAGGAGGGAGGGAGCAGCCUGCGGGGAGCAGGGAGGGUGGAGAGGAGGUGGGAGAAGCAAAGACAAGGUGAGGGUCAGAGGUCUAGACCAGACGUGUGGCACUGGCUGGGGUAUCCGGAGUCUCUGAAGGGGGAGAGGGGGAGCAAGGGCCACGUUUUCUGAGGAAGGGGCUCCUUGUUCCUGUACUCUGGAGCCUCCCUCCUCCCUUAGAGCUCCUUCCAAGUUAGUGAGGUGUGCAGGGCUCGGGCCUGAGCAAGGGGUUGCGCUUGCUUCGCGUUGCUCUCAGGGCUGCGCUGACAAGGAGGCCCUCCUUGACCAAACUUUAGUUGGGCUCCUUGAGACCUCUGACCAACCGUUGGGUUUCCAGGCCCAUCUCAGCAUCAGCAGUUUUAGCAAGAAUGCUGCCGGGUACUGGUAGUGAGAAUCCCCAGCCACCCUCCACAUCUGACCAAAUUCCACAUCCGCCCCGCCCCCACAGGCCAUGUCUCACCACCCCACCCCGGCCUGCCUUCAGUGAGAAUCCUACUAGGUCAGUUUAGCAACCAACUCUCUGCUCCUCUCGGCUAUAAAUCCCCACUUGAGAAAAACAAGGAUCUGUAAUUGUCCUGUUAAGAAUUGAGCCCUGUUCUAUACUGGCCCCUGUUGCAAUAGUCUUGAAUAAAAUCCGUUUCUACCAAUUAAACUACUGUCCAGCAUCUGGCUUUCUAACGGUCAUGGUGUCACGGCUCAGAUUAUGUCUGAUGCAUCAUUGGGCCCUGGACCUCUCACCCAGGACCCCAAGUGUGCGCCUCGGAAGCCUCUGUCUGAUGGACUGGGGUCCGACU